AUGAACAACAUAUCAAGCAAAACUUCUUUUAUCCUAUUCUUCUUUGUUAUUGCUCUUUUUCUUCAUGAUGUAACUUCUAUAGGUGUUAACUACGGGACUCUCGGAAACAACCUCCCUCCGCCAGCUCAAGUAGCUCAGUUUAUCAAGGAUAAAACGGUCAUAGACCGUGUAAAGAUUUUCGACAUCAACCCAGACAUCCUCCGUGCUUUUGCAAACACGGGAAUCUCACUUACUGUCACAGUCCCAAAUGGCGAGAUCCCGAAUCUUCUGGAUCUCGCCUAUGCUCGACGAUACGUCGAGCAGAAUAUUAAACCUCAUUAUCCACAGACAAAGAUCGACGUUGUUCUAGUAGGUAAUGAGGUUCUUCAUUGGGAUACACCUGAGGUACAGAACAAGCUUGUUCCAGCUAUGAAAGUUUUUUACCAAGCUUUGGGUUUAUCUGGGUUGAAGGGUAUAAAAGUCUCUUCAGCUCAUUCAUUGGGUAUUCUUCUCCGUUCGAACCCACCCAGCGCAGCCCGGUUUCGACCCGGUUGGGAUGUGGGUAUUCUAGCUCCGAUGCUACAAUUUCUUCAUGAAACAAAAGGUCCUUUCAUGGUAAACCCUUAUCCCUACUUCGGAUACAACAAGAAGCAAGAGGAUUUUCUUCUAUUUAGAAAGAAUAAAGGGGUUUACGAUCGAUUUUCGAAGAAAUGGUACAUGAAUUCGUUCGAUAUGUUGUUGGAUGCGGUGUAUAUGUCGAUGGUGAGAUUGAAAUACCCAGAUGUGGAGAUUGUUGCUGCGGAGACAGGGUGGCCUUCGCAAGGAGAAACGUAUGAACCGCAGUGUACUGUGGAAAAUGCAGCUUCGUAUAAUGGUGGAUUGAUGAAGAAGUAUAAUUCCGGGAUGGGUACGCCAUUGAUGCCGCACAGGAAGAUCGAGACGUACAUUUUUUCAUUGUUCAAUGAGAAUACCAAACCUGGGUCGAUCGCUGAGAGGAAUUUCGGGUUGUUCCGACCCGAUUUCACUCCGGUUUAUGAUGUCGGAGUUUUGAAAGCUAAACAGGCUCACCCAACACCUUCAUUGCCCCCACCAAAAACCGGUGGCGGAGGCAACAAAGGGCAACCAAAAACACCAGCAGAGAACAAAAAAUUCUGCAUGCCAAAGGUUGGGGCAACUGAUGCACAACUACAAUCCAACAUUAACUAUGUGUGCAGUCAAGGAGUUGACUGCACACCAAUUCAAGUGGGUGGUUCGUGCUUUAAACCCAACACUAUUCGGUCUCAUGCGGCCUUCGCCAUGAACUCUUACUACCAAAGGGAAGGCCGCAACAACUUCAACUGUGACUUUGCCGGUACUGGUGUAGUUGCCGCCUCCGAUCCAAGUUAUGGCACAUGCAAAUUUGAAUCUUGA